CUAAACCAACCAACCAAACCAAAGUGGUAACCAAAGAAAGAAAGUAAUCAAACAAAACAAAUAUGGCGGUUUCAUGAGAUGUUUUUUGGUCUACUUUUUUAACAGUAAUAGUUAAUGUGAGAUUGUUAGUUUAAAUUCGGAUGGUUUUAGAAAGAUAGCAAUUGGAUAAUUGUUGCAUAAUGAGCUUACAAACAUAUGCGAAAUAACCAUGUUCAAACAACAACUGUCUCCGCGUAGUGUCCAUCCUUACCAAACGACUGUUGUUCCACGCAGCGAACAGCAGCUUUCUAAUGCUGCCCAUCAAAGAGCCAAAUACCCAUGGGUAGAGGACAUUAAUGCCCCAGUGUACCAGGUUACGGGGACUGACAGUUCCACAUCAGACAACGCGUAUCAAAUGCCUCAUUACUACAAUGGGACUGCGUUGAGAGAAUAUGGACCACCAUCUCCUGUUUACCAAUCUCCCUAUGGUGGAGGAGGUACAUGGCGUAGCAAUAAGAAAGCUGAAAAAGUUCUCACUCAUUUGCCUGAAACUUACACAUUUCCACAAUGUGCUUCAGCAUUUUCUUUGCCACUGUGUGAUGUAGACCUGCACACACAACCGGUCAGCCGAUCUCCUAUUCCGUCCUCGGUGAGCCCUGAGGUGCCAAUUAUUGGGGCUUGUGGAGGCCAUUGCCCUGGGUUUGAAUAUGUGUGCUAUUAUAUUUUACAGGUAAUAUUUGUAGUAGGUAUUUUAACUGGCAUUUCCCUGUGUAUUGCUGGUAUUGUUCUGAGACGCACAAAUCGCAAUGGUGAUCUUGGGGUUUUAGUUUAUAUUGGAUGCCUGUCAUCGUGUGUGUGCGCUGUUCUCCUCGGCGUUCAAUGCUGCGUGCGCCGCGAAAUCCGUCAGCGAAAACUCCGAAACAACAUGCACAUACCAAUGCAGGCCAUACAGGAACCGCCAGCCACAUCUUGCCCUUUGUUGACGUCGACAUUACCUCAUAGUCAAAUAUACAGGCCUACAGUAAAUGUUUGCAGCGAAGAGGAUGUGACUGGUGUGCCCUGGUGGCGCCGCACUAACAGAGACUGAUUAGCUUUAAGUUUCCAAAAAUAUGUAAAGUGAAAAUGUAUUUUUUCUUGUACAAUAACAAGAAAGGUUGACACACAAUUUUGUUAUUUUAUAAUUAUACCGUUAUUUUAUA